GCGGGUGUGUGCGCGCGUGUGAGCGUGAGCGUGUGCGCGGGGGAAGGCCCCGGGCGGCGGCGGCGGCGGCGCGGGGAGAUGCUGCCGCGGCGGCGCGGGCAGAGGCGCUGAGGUUGCCCCGCGGUGCGGAGCGGAGCGCAGCGGAGCGGAGCGGAGGAGGGGAGAGCGCGGCGGCAGAGCGGGAGGAAAUGCCGAGUCCUUUCAUUUGUUUGUUCCUCCAGGGUCGUGUGUUAGUUUUGUUGGAGGGGGGUGCAGGCUCUUUAUUACUCGGUGAGAGAGCUGGCAGAUGUCCCAAGUGAGAGAACCUCUUCCUCCAGGGCCUGAAGGGCCAGAGCAAGCUCCGACUGAAAGCAGCUCUUUGAUCUCGCUCCCUCGAGAAAAGUCCGACCAGGAGAAUACUGCUGUAGGAGACAAAGACAUAAUACAGCCUUCCAAUAGCCAGAGUAUACAACCAGAGAUACAGGAGCAGGCUGCCUGGGGAAAUCGCACUGAUGUUGACCUCAUCAGAACACAACCUCAACGUUUGCCUCAGCCGAAUACUUCAGCACUGGAAAGGGGUGAGGAAGAAGCUGGCAAAAUACAAAAUGGUCACGUGGGUCUGAGCAAUGGAAGUGGAAUUCACAGUGGGGUCAAGCAUGUAUCAGCAGACAACAGAAAACUUUCUGCUCCUGUUUCAGAAAAAAUGCACAGAAAAAUUCAGUCCACCCUGUCUGUCAACAGUGACAGCAGCAAGAAGAGUAAAAUAAGCUCUGCAUUUUCUCAAAAACCAGGUACUUCACCUGAAGAUUGCUGUGUUCACUGUAUCCUGGCUUGCUUGUUCUGUGAAUUUCUCACCCUCUGUAAUAUUGUUCUGGGACAAGCAUCCUGUGGCAUCUGCACGUCGGAGGCCUGCUGCUGUUGCUGCGGGGAUGAGAUGGGGGAAGACUGUAACUGCCCCUGUGAUAUGGACUGUGGCAUAAUGGACGCAUGUUGUGAAUCUUCAGAUUGCUUGGAGAUCUGCAUGGAAUGCUGUGGGAUUUGCUUCCCAUCAUGAAAUAUUUAUCUCUUUUUAUUUUAUUCUCUUAAAAACUGGAGAGCUUUUCUUUAAAUGCAUUUGAAGAAAGACAAGGUAAGAUUCUCACACAACCAACUGGUAUUGCACUGUUAAUUCCUAUACAUAAUUUUUUAAAAAGCAAUCCAUGAAUCUUGUAUUCUAACACAAAUUGUAUAGUUUUGUAUGUGAAACUCAAGCUACAUUCCAGCUCUUUUUGGCUUUGCGAAUGGGAGAAUUUACUGGAACUGAAUUAUAGGCCUGAUACUGCAGGUUGUACAAGGGCAAAAUUGUCAUUUGAAUUUAGUGACAGGUUUUGGUCAGAGAAAAGACUGCAAGGCGAAGCCUUAAGAAUUUGCCUUUAACUACUUCAAUGCUUAAACGCUCGAAUGCCUCCAUGCGUAACAUACUCUUAGAGGAGUUCUUAAAAGCAAAAUGUCUUUAUUUCAAUCUCUGUGGGUUGAAAGUAACCUUGUUCUUUAAUUGUAAAAAGUCUGCAGCAGGAAUCUACAAUUUGUUUUGCUACAGAGGUCGCAUCAGAAAUAUUUCUUUUGUUUCACAUUUCCCGUAGGUUUGAGAGGGAUUCCUGGUAUUUUCCAUAGUUAAUACGGAUAAUAGGUGAAGAUUUGGGUAAUUAAAGUCAAUCUGAGUUUUGCCAUCUCUUACAGUACCAAGAUUUCAUUGAGAUAAGACAGAACAGAGAACUUAACAUUUUGCUUCAGUAUUACUUGAAAUGUUUGUUUUUAGAAAGAGACUUUGGAAAUCUGGGUGGACAUAAAAUAUAUCUUGAUGUUUGGACUAAAAAACUCUUCAAAAUUUGUCUAUGAAAGGGAAAUUGUCAAAAAUUAAAUCAAAACUCUAAAGCUAUAUAUUAGUGGCCCUGUCAGUUUUUGUGGCUUUACAACCAGUAUCACCUAACUUAAUAUUUUGUUAUUCACUGUGGAAAAAAGACCCAUAGAGGAUGGUAGAAAUUAAACAGGAUAUAACAACCAAAAUAAGUUGACUAAUUAAGGAAUUCUGUCUUCAGAUGGAAAAAGUAAAUGUAAAAAUGUUUAUUCUCAAACAUUUAAUAAUUUUUAAAAUAAUUACUUGAAAAAGGUUAUUUUAAAAUGUUUGAUAUCCUUUUAAAAUAGAAGUAAUAUGGUAAUAUGUUAAAAGUAUAUAUUUAGGAUUCAGUGGGCAAUUUUUUACUUAUGAUACCAUUGCAGAUUUUCUUAGAAAAUAUCUUUUUUGUCAUUGUAAUUGUGAGAUGAAUCUGGUCCAACACACAAAGAGAUUCAUGGCAUUCCCAGAUUUAGGGAAAAAUGGCACCCUUUUUGUUUACCAUUUGCUAGUCUGUAGCUCAUUAACUUUUCUCUGUAAACCACCUGCAUGUUCUUGAUCUCACAUAUGUAAACUUUGCUAUCUACACUCCAGAUUUCCCAUUUAUAGAUUGCUGUAUCUAGUAAAUGUGGGCCUUGCUACAAGAGUCAUGAUAGCUGAUACUAUAUCCCUGUUAAGUGAAAUGACCAUAAAUGUCUCUUUCCACUGUAGUGAAUUCAGUUUAUAUAAAUGUGACAAUCUAAAGAUCACAGGAAUGUGAAGCUAACUCAGCAUAGUGUCUAUUAUUAACCAAAGGCUUCUUCCUAUGAACACUGACUAGUAGUGCUAACUACUGCAAGUUACCACUGACAGUAAAAUAGCUGUAUCCUCUACUAUGCUAGGGAGCUGGGAGGUGGUACAUUUUGCAUUAGCAUCUGCAAUAUUGUGGUAUACUCUAAUGCAAUGCAGAUUUACUCAGAGGGCAUCUUAUCUGUUUUUUGAUAGUUACUACAAGACGUGAUUCUUAUCUUUUUUUUUUUUCUUAUUUACUGGGCCAGAUUUGGAUCUCUCAGUUGCAUAAACUAAGUGCAUUUCUAUUAAUGUCAGUAUUUUCCGUUGGUUAAGCUUGAGAUAGCACAAAGAUAUUAUGGUAAUAGGCACACUAAUAAGGAAUGAUACAGUUAAACUGAUACAUUCACUGAGCUCAGAAUCAGGCCCAUGGGGCUCAAUUAUGACUCCUAAAAGUCUGAACCACACUGGGAAGGGGGACGAGUGCAUUGGUUGAGUGGCAGUGCCUGGAGGCAUUUUGCCUUUGUCAGGCAUAAUGCCUCUGGGGAAAUUGGGGGCAUCAGAGUGAGCACUGGGACUUGAUGCACCUUGGAGGAAGUGUAGACAGGGCUUUGCCCAGUGUAGGUCUAUGGAUGGCACAGUGGUGGUGAGGACACACUCUCCGGGGUUAGGUAGUCCUGUUAAUUCUCGGUCCUGGUGUCCCUCUUGCCACAGAGAUGACUUAUGGCUGCAUCUUGUUCCAACUGUGCUGUUGGAGGCAGAGCAAAGGACUUCCUGUCUCCUGUCCUUCUAGGACAUCUGUGCCUGAGCAGUUCCAGUUUUGUGUUUGGGAAACUGCACAUCUGUAUUUCAAGCUUUUAGUGAAUACUGAAUGCUAAUAAAAAAGACACCAAUCUUGGCAAUCCUUUUCUUCACAAAAGUUUGUCAAUACAGUUUAGUAUACACAAACCAUUAUUGUAUCUACUUACAGGAACCCAGAUUUUUUUUGGAUUGAAAUUAUGAAAACCAGGGAAAUGUAUUUACUAGUAAACAUUUCUUUUCAGUACUGUUAAACUGAAUAUAAGAAGAGCUCUGUUUCUGCAUAUAUACAUAUGUACACAGACUCUCUCUCUCUCUCUCUCUUUCUCUCACACACAUACAUACACAGAGGUGUAUUAUUUCUUUUCCCACUUCAUUUGUGAGAUACUAGGAAGUGAAAAUACUAUGUUUAUUAACCCUUAUAGUGAUUAAGAGUAUCAGAUUAUUACAGACUUAAUUAAAAAUAAAAUGUUAAUUGUGUGAUUUGUUUGACAGUUAAAUAUAAUCUGCUACUAUUCGUCAUAGAAAUAUUAGCACUUUUGAAAAAUAUAUCUUUGUAGCAGAGACUAUUAGUAUAUAGAUUGAGUUCCUUUCUAUAUUUAUAUUCAUAAAUUCUGUUUUGUAAUGUUCACUCUAUAGCCAAUCUUAUAAGCACCUUGUGUAAUUAAAAUGAGUAGAAUUAGAAAGAGACAAAUGUGAAAAUCUACUUUAAAUAAAUUUAAAAAUGAAAACUUGUCUAUUUUAUAAAAGGUCUUGUGAACUUGUACAAAGUUUCAGUAUAUAGUUCCGCAAACUGACUUAUUAAAAAAUGAUAACUUGCUAUUUGUAUUUUGUAUCAACUAGAAGUGCUAUUCUCAAACACUAUUUUGAAAUAAAGAUCUUUAUUUUGAAA